AUGAAGAAGGGAAAAGUAAUAAAUAACCUGCAUGAGCAGAUAAAAUCGCUAGAGGACAACAACAUCCCAUACAAGUACUACAGCGCGUCAAAUAAUGUGAACAUUCGAAAUUAUUUAAAUGACAGGAAGGUUCGGUACGCCUGUCCGCCCAAUUCAUACCUAAGUCUCAACGAGUUGCUAAAAUUGACGGACACGUUGGACCAUCAUGGCGAUGCAGAGGAGAAGCACCUAGGCUAUAACGCCGAUAGGGGGGCAAACCAAAUGACCAAUAAGAAGGUCAACAAGGAGGAGUACACCUACCACCAAUUCAGCAGAGUGCCGAAGGAUGCUUUGCAUAACAACGUUUCGGUGGAGGGAAGCCUGUUUGAUCAGCCUCAUCCUCAUACCACUGUGUACCAGCAGGACGGUCCCAACUACGACAAACAGGCUAAUAAUGAGAGCGGCGUGAAUUACCUGUACAGGGCACAUGGCAACACGUAUAAGCAUCCUCCUGAUCAGCCAUAUGAGGAUAACCCCGUGAGAGGUAGCAGCGUACGGAAUAAUUACUGCCGUCUCAGCCGGGACGACCCGCCCAGUUAUAAGAACGUAUCCACUUCGGGCGAAGCGCACACAGUAAGCAGCGCAUCGGCAACCCCCUACGAAAGCAAUUCCGUUAAGCGAGCAAGCGAGACAAAGGUGGAGACCCCAUCACGAACACCUACUAAUAGCAAAGAUGGCAGCUUGCUAAAAAAUUUACUACAAUGCAGAGUUAAUUUGUCAAAAUGGAAUAAUAUUGCAGAUCCGGAAAAAGUAAUCAGCACAAAGAAUUUAAAACUGCUCCUUUUGCAUCGCCCCAACUCGAUCGACGACAUAAAAAAUUUGAAUCUCACAGGAUUUGGGGAAGAUAAAAUAAAGAAAUAUGGCUACGAAUUUUUGAAAGUUUUCCUAUCUGGUUACACGGAUGAGUCUUAA